AUGGUAGUUCUACAUCCAGACGAUCUACUUGGAUCUGCGGGCUCUCCCUUCCGCACCCGCGUCAUGCACUACGACCCCAAGUCCGGUGUAUCGUCACAGGUUGGGCGCAAAGACGUUGGGUCCGGUCAACUAGUGUCGUACUUCUGGGGGAAGCUGGUGGAAAAUUGGGAGUUUGUGCUUUCGGUGCAGAGUGGGCGACCAUUUCCUGGUCUUGGAAAAGGAACAUACUCGAAGGAGGAAAUACUGGCCUGGCUGAUAACGACAUGCCGCGAUAAUUUCGGGGGCCACGCGGAUGCGCUAGUAGCCGACCUGGUAGAGUUGGACAACGACGCGGAAUCAGACUCUACGUGCGAUCUGGCAUCAGGGGAAGACCAGGAAGAGGAGGAAGCCGCGGAGGCGCAUGCCGACACAGGGGUCCGUGCACCGUCUACGCUGUUGCCCACAUGGAAGCUGAGGAUGCGCCAUACCCAGUCGGGCCCGUCAAAUGUGUCGCUGUUGACCAUGGGGGGUACGUCAGAUCCUGUGCAGAGCAGUGGGGCGGGGACUAAGCACGUCAACGACGCGGAGUGUGGGUUCAUGAAGGGUGCUCUACAAGAGGCCGAAAGGCUAAGGGUGCAGCGGCGCAGACAGGCGGAAGGGAGUUCGCAAGAGGUGCAGUUAGGAGAGCAUGCGGCGGCUCGGAUGAUGGCAGGAAGUAAUGUUGAAAGGGAGAUUGAGCCGCGCAAUCAAGGCGGAGAGUCAUCUGCAAAAAAGUUGAAGAAGCUUCCUGACGACGACCGAAGGGGUGGACCGCCGGAGAUCGCGGCGGUUACGGAUGCGUCGAGAGAGAGGGGUGAGAUGGUCGGUGUCGAUGUUGACGCGCUUCAACGGUCCUUGAAGCCGUUCAUAAAGCAGUACGUAGAAGAAUUGAUCAUGCGGGCGGAGCUGAAGCAGGUGGCGGAUACCACAGAACAUCAACGGCAGUUUGCAAAAACGCUGAAGGAAGAGAUAAUGGCCGCUGUGCACCGAAAGCGAAACACGGGGCGAGAGGUGGAAAUCGGGGGGGCUAGCAUGCUGCAUUCGCCUCCAGCAAAGGCCACAGUUGUUUUGGAGGCGCAGCCUUCAAUUCCAGAUGCCGCCCCUUCCACACCCCUGCAGCAUACUAACAUCCAUGGCAUGAAUCUGGGUGUCACCACUGAUGUCGAGGCGGUAGAUAAGGAAGUUAAAAAAGGUGGUGAAGACGGAGAGCCAGAGACAGGUGUGGGCAAGGGGAAGGUGCGAGAGGGGGCGAAGGUGGUAAAGGGGGGACCAGUGGUGCACACCGGUUUGGAGGGGGCUGCUGAAGGUGUCGGAGAGGACGUGCAGACCGUGGAAAAAGUAGGCGAAUACGACGAGGUGGAAGAGAAAGAACACGGGAGCUCGGACGGCAAGGAGGCAGAGAUGGUGGAGGAGUCUUCUGGAGAAAAGAAGAAUGCAGAUAUGGUCGUUCAACUAGCAGACAUGGAAGCGGAAGAGAAGUGUCUGGCAGCGAAGGAAGAGGAGGAGAGAACUCGGGCUGCGGAGCGUAUGAGGGCACUGGCGUCGGAGAGGGCGCGACUAUCUGCCGCACGACUUCGACUGAUGCAGCAACGGGAACCGGAUGUUCAUGGUGCUGGAAAGCCGGCAAUGGAAACCUCCGGCGAAGACAGGCUUCGUCAAGUGGCGGAACAUUCAGAGGGUACACGGGGGGUGAAAAGGCGGAGGGACGGAGAGGCGGACCAGAGCGAGUCAGAGACAGGAGUAGAUGAAGCGAUCGCUAGUGAUGGGGACGAGAACGGAGCCAACAAGAAAGGGAAGGCUUGUGUUGUAGCAGACGGUCUGGGUAAAGUGUACGGGGAAGAUAAGCCGUACAAAGCAGGCGGGUUUUUCAAGCGGAAGAAGGCAACAGCGGGAGGCAAGUACUGCUCCGAGCAGACAGCUGGAGGGUGCAAGAGAAAUCUGGGAAAUUUUGACAGCGAGCGGAAUAGGAACUUCAGCAUCGACAUCUGCUGGAUGGCAUACACUCCAGAUGCGGACCUGCUUUUUUACGGCAUGGACAAGGAGGAUGUCCAAGCGUGGUCGGCCCAUCUGAACCUUGCCAAGCAACUGCCGACAGGGGUCUGGAGCGUUAUCCACGAGCUGCACAUUUCGCGAAUUGAGAAGUGA